AUGCCGGUGCGGAAUCAAUGCCUGGAGAAAUUUAAGGCCAUAUUGUAUAAUGAAUACCUGUUAAGCCUCGAAGAAAGGCACUCAGGGUCGGAAGAUCAAGUUGGAGCUGUACCAUUGCCUACGAGUUUACCUGCAGCAGAUCAUACCCCUAUCUUUCCACAAACUUCACCUUCCGAGGAAGGGGAUGUUGUUUGGCUCUCUCGGGUCUGCAAUGCCCCGCAAGGUGAUCGAGCAAUAAUUUGCUGUGACAGUCCCAUUAUUGGAAUAAUCAUUUUUCUCCCUCCCUCCCUUCUCCUUCCUUUUUUCCUUCCUUUCUCCCUCCCUUUCUCCACCCCUUUUCCUUCCCCUUUCUCCACCCCUUUUCCUUCCCCUUUCUCCACCCUUUUUUCCUCCCUUCCUCUUUUCUCCUCCCUUUUUUCCUCCCCUUUUCCUUCAUUUUUCCUCCCUUCCUUUGUCCCUUUAUUUUUCUUCCUUUCUCCCUUCUUUUUUUUUUUUCUUCCUUUUUUAUUAUUAUUACCCGCGAGUAGUCUGAUAUACCUUCUUUUCUUUUUUUCUUUCUUUUUUUUCUUUCUUUUUUUCUUUCUUUUUUUUCUUUCUUUUUUUUCUUUCUUUUUUUCUUUCUUUUCUUUUUUUCUUUCCUUUUUUUCUUUUUUUUCCUUUCUUUCUUUCCUUUUUUUUUUUUUUUUUUUUCUUUUUUUUUUUUUUUUUUUUCUUUUUUUUUUCUUUUUCCUUUUUUUUCUUUUUUUUUUUUUUUUUCUUUUCCUUUCCUUUUUUCCUUUUUUUCCUUUUUUUUUCUUUUUUUUUUUUUUUUCUUUUUUUUUUUUUCUUUUUUUUUUUCUUUUUUCUUUUUCUUUUUUUUUUUUUUUUUUUCUUUUUCUUUUCUUUUUUUUUUUUUUUUUUUCUUUUUUUUUUCUUUUUCUUUUUUUCUUUUUAUUUUUUUCAAUUCCCGUCCCUGCUUUUCUCAAGACGCUCGCCGCCAUCAGAGACCCGUCCUACACGACCAAAAAGAGAACUGCCAUGUUGCUUUUUAACGGCGUCGCCUUAAUCAUCCAAUUGAUUGGUUUGCCACUUUGCCUUUCAACCGAUGUCAUUAUCCGGGACCACCAAAAAGAAAUGAUGGCCAAAGUUGUUCUCACAGCCCAGCAGAAAAAAUUCAAUGUCGUUGAAAAAUUAUCGGGCUCCUUCGCGGGGGAAAAUGAUGGCCAGUUUAACUGGCAAUUGCCAGUAGCCAUGGUCCUUGUUUCGUUGGUUCAUUGGGAGAAUUUCAUCGAAGGCGAUGUCAGUAUAUUUGGAAUGGAGAUAAAGUUUUCAAAAUGGAAGAAGUCUCUGCAUUUAGUUCGGGAGAAGUUGUAUAUCUUUGUUAGCGUAUGGAAAAUCACGUGGACAAUAGUGUGCGCACUUUUUUUUAUGGGAAACCUCACACUGCAAAUGAAAUGGCCGACGUUAUCACAGGAGAGCGGCGAUAACGAUGCUAAUCUACCCGAAUUUGACAUCGAGGACAAUGUUACAGCACUUUCGAAUUCUGCCAAUCUUGCCGGGGUCAUAAUUCCAGCCGAAAUCGCCGAUAAUCUAAAACAUUACGGUUUGCUGUAUGUCCAAUUCUUUUCCUCCCUGGCUUGUUCAUACUUUGGAGGGCUUGCUUGUAAACUUUGCAUGCAAAAUAUAGGGUUUUCUCUUCCCCUCAUUUUGAGCAUGCCGACAUGUGUACUCUUGGUCGUUUUACAGUGUCAUUUUUCUUUUUUGCCGGCUACGGCUGACUCGUUCGUGUGGGUGUGCCCUGGAAGAGAGGUCCUCAACGGGUGGACAAUUACAUGGCUUGUCCUUCUCUGGUUGUCAAAAAUUGUGAUUUGCUCCCACGUUUGGUUUUCAAAGUCUGGUAGAUUAGCAAGGAUUGAAAGACUUUUUGUAUUACCAAUGCGAUGUGGAAUCCUGACCGAAGAAAACCUUCUUUUACGGCGAAGGAACGACAGAUGCACCCCCAUUCAGUUUGAUGAUGAAGAGAGUGACGACGUUUAUCUCAAGGCAGACAACACAGUCCCGAUGAUUUACGCAUGCGCUACAAUGUGGCAUGAGACGCGGUCGGAAAUGACGCAGCUGUUGAAAUCGCUCUUUCGGCUUGACAUCGACCACAGCGCCAGGUACUUGGCGCAAAAAUUUUACAAAAUCAAGGAUCCGGAUUAUUACGAAUUCGAAGGACUGUUUGCUGAUACCGUGGCAAAUCAUGUCCUCUCUGAUCUGAUUGUUCUGUUCUUGGGUAUCUAUCUAUCUAUCUAUUAA